AUGUCGCACUCUACUAGUCCCAAAGCCGACACUUCGCUGCCUAACCCCAGGGUGAGCAGUCUGGUCUACAGGUGCUCUUCUCACCAGAGGGAGAGCAGCAGUAAUUCGCCACCGCAACCACUUGCUCAAAACACGAUCAUCACAAGUCGCUUCACAGCACUAAACGGUGUAGAAGACGACUACUGCUGGAUCACAGACACAGGACUGCCAGAGGGUGUGCACGUGGUUCCUCAUGCCGAGAGUGAUUGCACGCGGCUUAUCCUCUGGCUUCAAACGAUGGAAAUUGUGCCCAGGACUAUUCAGUCGAGGACUACAUGGAAGGUCUCUCACGAGAAUCAACUGCCGCUCGCGCACUCCAUCUACAGACACCUCACAACAACGGACGGCGAGAGGAGAAGAGCACUUCUUCGGCCAACGAGAGGGGACCUUGUCCUACUCGUGCGAGUGCUUGAGGAAGGCCUUCAGAGGGAGGAGGAACGGGAGCACUCCACUUCAGCAUGGCGCCCUCAUUGGGGUGACAUAGUAGAAGCAGGCUGGCCGAGAAAGGAGAGCUUUGGAACUUUUAGUCUACCGUCACAUGAAUAUCAGCUGGACAUCUUCGACCUCAAGCGCCGUACCAUCUUGACUUACAAGGGUUCUGCAGAACCUCAAGCGGCCACUCGAGUGACAGGUGACGAACGCUACCCAAUCACGCUCAAACAUCCGCUAGACAGCAUCCGUGCGCCUCUGAACGUACUCUCUGUCGUGGCGGUAGCGGUGUCUCAGAUGAGAUACAUCAGCCGUGCACCUGGUCGGAUUUACCGCGCAGAUUUCAUGGACGACCUGGAUAUCAUGUCGUACAUAAUCAAUCUGCUGGGCUGUCCCACUCCGACAUACUUCAGAAGGCUUCAGAGACCUUCCGUCCUCCCUCCUCUCCCUGACUCUGCAUCGCCUGCAUCCUCGGAGCGAAUACGCGAGUGGCCCUCGCGCGCACGAACACGCUCCUCCGCUGCAGCACCAGGUGUCCCCCAAUUCUCCUCAAGUACGCCAGAGGGAUACAAAGAGAACCUAGAUCCCGCUCUGUACGGAAUGGAAAGGGUGCAGAUCGUAGAACAAGAGGCAUCAGUCUCAACAGAGGCGGGGCAUGAUGACAGCGAACGGGACGGUGGCCCCGGCUCCCCGAAGAGCAGGGGAACAGAAGCAGAAGGGGAAGAAGGUCGCUCCAAUGGUGGACACUACUCCCAUAGCACCUCGGACCUCUCCAGCAUCUCGAUGCACACAUCUUCGGAGUUGCAGGACGCCAAAGACGCAAUGACAGUCUCCAGCGUCGAGGAGCCACCACCAGAAGAGCUACGGUCAUCGGUCGAGGCAGGUGAUUGCUACGAGCCUAGACCAUUGAGUGUGGCGCACUGGCAUGAGGAGUCGCGAGCCCUGGACGACAGGCAAGAUGAGCUCUUCGAAAGUGCCGCAUCGGCUCUUGCACAGCGUUUGCAAGCUUGCUCAAGUCACGUCGCUAGCGCAACCGUCGCUAGCGCAACCACACCACUAUUCGACUUCCUCGUCAGUACUGAGCCUCUCGACAUUACACCGAUGCUACAAUCAAUCGAUGAGCGCAGGGAGGAGCUGUUGGAACAGUGGGAAGACGGGCUGAAGUGGAUGGAGACCUGA